AUGGACUCUGCCGGGCCCGACGGUGGUGGCCGAGGUGGGGGGAGCAGCCCCUACUCCCAGCGGCCACGCAGCUACCAGCACCUGCUGUCUCCCCGUCACCUCAGGUGGGGCCGCCGCCAUUCGGAGCCCCACGUCACCCUGCCAGGGCCCCAGCUGGGGCUGACCCGCAGGGGCUCCGAGCCCUCCUACCUGCCCUCCGCGGCCGUCAGCUGGGGCCGCAUAGGGGCCAACCCGGACAUGGAGCUUGGCCCGGAGGGGCUGUCCAGCAAGUUUGAGGAUGUUGGUGGCAGCUCCCGGAAGCCCCUGUCUCUAUCACCUGCUGAUGGUGAUCACCGCUACUUCCUGAAGCCUUCACCUCAGUCAGAUCCUGUCCGGGAGUUUCUGGCCCUGUUUCAGAGCUUUGGCCUUGAGGUGCAGCAGAGGGUGCGGGACAGUCAGGACAUCGUGUGUGGCAUCUGCAUGGACAAGGUGUGGGACAAGCCGGAGGCCCAGGGGAUCUUCGGCAUCCUUCCCAACUGCAGCCACGCCCACUGCCUGGGCUGCCUGCGCGCUUGGCGGAAGAGCCGAGGGGACUUCCCACCCAGUGUCAUUAAGGCCUGUCCCCAGUGCCGGGUCCAUUCCAGCUACAUCAUCCCCUGCAGAUUCUGGGUGAGCAAGGGGCCUGAGAAGGAGAAACUCAUCAGGAACUUCAAAGCUCGGACCAGCCAGAUUCACUGCCGGUUCUUCAUGCGGGGGAAUGGCCGCUGCCCUUUCAAAUCUGACUGCAUUUACCUGCACCAGCUCCCAGAUGAGGCCCCGAGUUUUGAUCCUCUCUGGCCUGAGAGUGUGCAGCUGGCCUCUGUGGUGGGCACACCAGUGGUCCUAGGGGACACCAAGCCAGAAGAGGAAGUGUUCUUCAUGGACUGUGCCCUGAGCAUGGCCUUCUGGGGUUCAGAACUCCUCCUGGACCCCAAUAGUUCUUAUUACUGCCUGCAAUAACCAGGGUCAACGUGUGGGGGAUGGGGCUGAGGGGCAGGAGUUCCCAGGUGGUAGGUAUUUCCCCUUUUGGGGCUUGGUAAGGGACGAAAGUAGCGAGCC